AUGAACAGUAAUUAUUUAAAAGAAUCAUUUGAUGUAGUAAGUAAGUAUGAGGCCUUUUACACAGGAGGAAAUAUCGAGUGGAGUGAAAAUGGCGAACAACUUUUCUGUCAAAAUAAAGACUUUAUAUCAAUAGUAACAAUAUCUAAUGGAACAGUGAUUAAAUUAGGAAAGGUAAAUAAAAAGAUUAAUGAUGAAAUAAAUAGUUUUUCUAUUAGUAAAGAUGGAAAAUUUAUAAUAACUCAUCAUAAAAGUAGUCUUUUUAAAUUAUGGAGUGGACAAGAAUUAAAACUUAUAAAAAUUUGGAAAUCUAUCCACAAUGGUCCAGUAUCUGCAAUUGCCUUAACAAAAGAUGGUUUAAGUAUGGCUUCAGGAGGGAUUGAUGGAUCUGUAAGAUUAUGGGAUUUAAAAUAUCAUGUUUGUAUACAUAAUUUAAAAGGAACUGUAGGAGUUGUUAAUAUUGUCUAUUAUCAUCCCAAUUUAAAAAAAGAAAUUGUCUUUGCCACUGCCGAUGACUAUGCUAUUCAUGGUUGGAAUAUUAAAACAGGUUUAAAAGAAAUGACUUUAGAAGGUCAUUUUAGUAAAGUGACAUCAUUAACAGUUCAUGAAGAUGGAGUGCAUGCAUUAAGUUCUGGUAGAGAUAAAGUAUUAAUAUUAUGGGAUCUUAUUAAAAAGAUUUCACUACGUAUUUUACCAGUAUUUGAAUGUAUUGAAGGCGCAUUUAUUAUACCAAAUACUGCAAAUCUACCUAUACCUAAAAUUAAAACUAAGUCAUCCAUUUAUGCUGCAAGUGCAGGUGAAAAUGGUAUUGUAAAAAUUUGGGAAAUGAAAUCUGGGCGUAUGCUUUUUCAUCAAACAAAUUCUUUAAUACCAGCUGCUAAAGAAGAAAACAGCUUAGCUGUAAAACAUUUGUUAUACAAUGCAAAAGAUAACAAUAUUGGGCUUGUAUCAACUAAUCAUAAUAUUUUAAUUUAUACUUUAAACAAAUUUGAGUGCAAAAAACAAUUAAUAGGCUUUAUAGAUGAAAUUUUAGAUAUAGUUUACUUAGGAAGUGGUGAAUCACAUUUAGCUGUAGCAACUAAUACUUCUGAUAUCAAACUAUAUGAGUUAACAACAAUGAACUGUCAAAUUUUAUGUGGACAUACAAAUAUUAUAUUAUCACUUGGGUCCAGUCAGGCUAAUCGUAAUUUACUAAUUUCAUCAGAUAAAGAUAAAUGUGUGAGAUUAUGGCUGAUGGAUGAGAAAACAAAGAUUGUUAAUUGUAUAGCUUUGGGAAUUAAACACACAGCAGCUGUAGGCUGUGUUGCUCUUUCUCAGAUUGAAAUUAAAUUCUUUGUAUCCGUGAGUCAAGAUUUCUGUCUUAAAUUAUGGGAUUUACCUGAAAAUUUAUCAUAUACAGGCACAGAAGUUUCUCUUAAUGCUAUAAAUACUGUUAUGGCACAUCAAAAAGAUAUAAAUAGUGUAGUUGUAUCACCGAAUGAUAAAUUAAUUGCUACAGGUUCUCAAGACAAAACUGCAAAGUUGUGGUCUGCUGAAAAUUUACAACAGUUAGGGGUUUUUCGUGGUCAUCGCAGAGGCGUCUCGUGCGUGCGGUUUUCUCCAAUAGAUCAAGUUCUGGCAACCUCAUCUGCUGAUUGCACAAUUAAAUUAUGGUCUUUGAAUGAACUGAAUUGUUUAAAGACAUUUGAAGGAAAUGAAUCUACUGUAUUGAAGAUGGAGUUUUUGUCACGAGGUAUGCAAAUUAUCUCAUCAGGAGGAGAUGGUUUACUUAAACUAUGGAAUAUAAAAUCGUCAGAAUGUAUUACUACAUUAGAUCAACAUAAUAGUAGAGUUUGGUCACUUACAGUAAAUAAAGACGAAACUCACUUUGUGAGUGGUGGAAGUGACUCCUUAUUAGUAGUUUGGAGGGAUGUAACACAAGAAAAAAAAGCUAAAGCAUUAGCUUUAAAAGAUGAGUUAGCAAGAGAUGAACAAAAAUUAGAAAAUUGCUUGGAAGCUAAAAAAUUAAAGAAAGCAUUAAGAUUAGCUUUGAAAUUACAAAAACCUAUGCAUGUAUUACAUAUAAUUGAAGCAUUAAUAAGAAAAGGAGAUGAAAAUAUGACAAUAAUAAUUUGUGGUUUGAAACCAUUGUAUCAAGAAGAAUUGUUGAAAUGCGCUAUGAUAUGGAACACUAAUGCCCGUAAUUUUCAAUUAGCCCAGCUUGUUAUAAAUGUAAUUUUAAAUGAAAUUGGAUUAGAGAAUCUUCAAAGGAAUGAUUUAAAAGGAAAGUUAGAAUCAAUAAUUCCUUAUACAAAUCGACAUUUUAAAAGGCUGACACAAUUAUAUCAAGAUUUACAUUUUUUAUUGUAUACAAUAAAUAAUAUGAAAUCUUGUAAUACUGCACAGAAAACAAUCGAAAUAUAA